AUGGCCAUUGCAGCUAUCGGGCAGUUAUGCUCAACAGCAUCUAUGAGCCACAACCUGGCUCUCUGUCAAGUCCUCGUCAAGAAAGCAGUUGAUGCCGGAGCUAAGGCUCUUUUCCUCCCCGAAGCUACAGACUACAUCGCCUCCUCGCCCCAAGAAUCCCUCUCCCUCGCCCGUCCCAUGGCUAGCUCACCUUUUCUCCUCGGUCUCCAAUCCUCUGCCAAAGCCUCGUCUCUCGCCAUAAACGUCGGCAUCCACGUGCCUCUCCCCUCUGGGAAGAUGGCCAACCGUAGCGUCUGGAUCAACGAAAACGGAGACAUCCAGUCCCACUACGACAAACUCCAUCUCUUCGACUACGGAGCCCUCAAAGAGAGCGCCAGCGUGGAGGGUGGAAAGGAGAUUGUAGAGCCUGUAGAUACGGUCGUUGGACGGGUCGGCUUGAUGAUCUGUUUUGAUCUCCGAUUCCCCGAGCUCUCCCUAGCCCUGUCCCGCAAAAACGCGCAAAUCUUGACGUACCCCUCCGCCUUCACAGUCCCCACAGGCAAAGUCCACUGGGCACCCCUCCUCACAGCCCGGGCCAUAGAGUCCCAAGCCUACGUGAUAGCCGCCGCGCAAGUCGGCGCCCACAACCCCCAAAGAACGAGCUAUGGCCAUUCCAUGGUCGUUAGUCCCUGGGGAGAAGUACUGCUCGAUAUGGCUGGCGAGCAAAGCGAGUCGGGCGGGGGGCAACCGGAGAUUGGAAUCGUGGAUAUCGAUCUCGAGAUGUUAGAGGGUGUGAGGAGCAGAAUGCCGUUGGUGAGGCGAGUGGACGUCUACCCCGAAUUUUAA